AAUAAGUCAUUGAUCUUCGUUUUCAUCUUGAAUUCUGCUUGGCUUCAAAGUCGUUAAUAUAAAUAAACAAAUAAAUUCGUAAGUGGAUAGCUUUUUAAAUUCACGAAUUUUUUCAUUUAUUCAAAGUAAAGACGUGUAUAGUGCAUUUAUUCUCGUUAGGAUCAAUAAUGGGUAUGUCACGGUGUUACUCCCUCAUGAAGUAUCUUUUAAUAGUGUUCAACAUAAUAUUUAUGUUUGUGGGCUUGGGUUGUGUAACUUUUGCUUCUUGGGCUCUGUGGGAAGGAAGUGCUGCAGAGACGGCUUCAGGACGCGCUGCAUUGGGCGCCGUAUUAGCGUGGGGCCUUGCUCUACUAGUUGGAGCUGCUUUGGCUUUGGGUGGAGCGGUGAGAGGUUCUUGCGCGUUAUUGGGUGCGGCUUGUGCAUUGCUAGCGCUGGCCGCCGCAGCUGAGGCCGCAGCCGCGUGUUGGGGCGCCGCUCACUUGCCACGCCUGCACCGUGCUCUGCGUGACACCCUGUCCCUUACAGUACGACAACAUUAUGGACUCCUACCCUCUCGCACUCAGAUCAUUGAUGCCAUACAAGAGGGGUUGGAGUGUUGCGGAGCAGACAGUGCACGUGACUGGCAGGAGUCAUGGUGGUCGCAGCGGCAAGUGCCGUCCUCGCCUGUAUUAGAUCUCUCCGUGUCCGCGCCGGCACUACACUACUCUGUGCCGGCCUCCUGCUGCAAGAGUCGCGAGGUGGCGGCGUGCGAGGCGGCGCGCGUGCUGGCGGGCGCGAGCGGGGCGGGGCGCGGGGUGCACGGCGCGGGGUGCGCGGGGCGCGUGCUUUGGGCGCUGCAGCACGCCGCGCGGCUGCCGCUCUCGCUGGGCGCGCUGAUGCUGGCGCUCCACGCUCUCACGCUACUGCUGACGCUGGCGCUUGCUCUCCGGCCCGCUCCUCCCAACGCAUACAAAGCGUGAUCGCGUCACAUCGAUACAUUAAAAACAGUACUCAUCUCUGUAAAUAACCACUAUAUUAUUGGUCGAUGCAUUGAACGCUAAGUCCCGACGUUCUCAACUCUAUGAACCAAGACUGUUUUAUUUAUUAUCCUUAGUAUUUCCAGUGCAAAGUAAUAUUUACUGACUACUGACCGUUAUACAAAUGCUUUUCAAAAUUAUCUAAAUUGAAUUUCUAGAAAUGAAACGGCAAAAACACGCAAUAGUAAUUAUUAAACUGAAUUGAAAUUAUUUUGGAUAAUUAACGAAUAUGUAUUUAUAUUUCUCCGUUAAAGGACAAUUCAAGUAACAUUUUCUUAUAUUUGGGCUCUCUACAUUUUGACCGAGCAGGUCUCGCCAUGACUUCUUUAUCUAUCCCCUGCGUGAUGAAAUUCCAAAGAUUCAUUGAAUAUAUGUUGAAACCAUUAACCAGACUAAAUCUGUAAGUGGCUUCAAAACGGCCUCAAAACUGCAUAAACCCAUAAGAGCUUAUAACAAACCAAUAGCAUCACUUGUAACGGGCGAGUGCGCCACUCAAGCAACCAUUGCUGCGUUAUUUUUUAGAAAAAAAAGUCAAAAUUCAAUUAAAAGGCUAAUUUCUUUCUUUUACUUACUUUUAUCUUUAGUCACCAACACCUUUAUGAACAAAUUGUUUGUUUGCAAAAGCAAAUUGGCUGCCACACAACGACAUUACGGAUCGAACUACCGUAUAGGCUGUAUACAUAAUGCAUAUUACAUAUCUCAUAUCAUAUGCUCCUUAUUAGUUCAUUGAGAUUCAAAGAGAAGUUUCGGCAGGCUACACACUGAUUCGCCUGCUCCGAGCCCUCCCACUGUAGCACCGACCGCUUACAGAAUGGGCACCCUACAUAUAGCGUUGGAUUAGGGUGAAGUCACGGAGCUGUCCCCGUGAGACACUACAGCCGCUCGAUCGAAGUCUUGUUUAAACAAAACGUUAAGACUGCCCGAAAUAUUUGAAUAUUGAGAAUUAUUUUAAUUUAAUUGUUUUGUGUGUAUGGGAUUACUUUAUAAGUGAAGUUUUACUCAGUUGUACUCAUAGCACCCUACACGGACGAACAAAUAAUUCAGAUGGUUAGUUAUUUUGUGUGUUCAUGAGCAGAUAAUUAUGAAAUAAAGCAACUAGAACUGGCCAAAACAGCGGACAUUCUCGUUGCACGGCGCCCUCAAGGGAAUGUGCAUUCAAUGUGCCAUACUCGUAUACACAAUACAUAAUAUGUAUCACUCGCGAUUUAAGAUAAAGCCAUAUUUUUUAUUAAUAAUAAUUUAUUACGAAUAUAUUAUAAAAAUAUUUAUAAUUAAGAAUAAUUGACAGUACAAAUUGUUUCACUUUUAUACUACAAUGUAAUAAGUACAGUGCAUUGUGUAGAAACAAAGAAUUGUCUAUAUGCCUUUAAUUACUAAUCAACGUUAGUAUGCAAUGCAGUAUUUGAAAAUCAUAAUAUAAAAUGGAAAAUCAUGUUAAAAAUAAUCCGCUAGCGCAGGACUUUUUGUGAAGUGAGAGCGCCACACCACCUCCAGUGGUAGGGCUACCUCUCGUGAAACUCUUACGUCUAAAACACUCAAAUAUUUUUCUGAAAGUUUUAUGAAGAUGUUUAUCGCAAAAAUUCGGUUUAUGAUAAAGUCCCGAGCACUUGUGUACCCGUCUGUACUGUAUGUAGUUGUAUCUUAAUAACAACUACACUCCACUACUCAUAGUGUUUCUUAUUUUACAUUCAGUUGGAUUCUGUACAAUUUGGAUAUGGAAUAUUUGUAAUAAUUACAGAGAACAAUUGUGCUCUCACCGGGUCGGUCAUAGAAUCAUGCAUCUCUGCAGAUCUGCAGAUGGGACCGACUAACAAGUCAACAAAUUCGAUACCAAAUUCAUUUUAUAUUUUAUAAUAUUAUAAUAAGUUAUUAUCAUUAAGGUUCAUUUACUUUUUUGUAGAUGCAAAAUCUGAAAAUUUUGUUAGUCUGUAAGAUGUUUUAGUAUUAACAUCAGUUACGUUAGGUAUGUAACAGUUUCUUUUUUUUUUUAUGUCAUUUUUAUUUCGAUGUAAAAGCGAAAUGUAUGUUUACUUACCUGAAGCAACUAUUGUAGAACAGACUAACGGGAACCAUUACAUCAUCAUUCUCCAGCGACUUCUGCAUACGUCUGGUAUGAUCUGCAUUCGUUUUUAUUUUGCACCAGAUCGUCGCUGAAGUUAUACAACCGACUAAUAUGGGUCGGUCCCGUUAUUACGUCAUGUUCAAUGAGAGCUCUCUGCUGAGUUUCCUGAUCUCCUGAACCCUGUACCUGAGAACUUGCUGCAUUUAUUCCCCCUUCUCCUUUUAAAGACUGAUUUUAUAAAUUACAUUAACUAACUACCUUCGUAUCAAGUACAAAUAGAAAGUUAUUUAAAUUUAAUUUAUUAUAGUCUAAUACGAAGAAGAUAAAGUUUUUAUGUAGUUGUUUUGUUCUGAGCGUGCAUCUCCCUCGAUAAUGUCAUCCGCGUGUGUCCACCCACAAAGACCAAGUCGAGCCACUAAUUUGCUGAUUCUCGACAGGUUGUCAACAGGUUGACGAUCUAUUUUUAUUGUUACCAAUAUACAUAUCGACGCUUGAAAGGCAAACGUGACUAAGCGACAAUAACUGCUUUGUACAUAAAUGAUAGGCAAUAACCAUAUUCGAUGCGCAAAAAAAAUUAAUUUCUAGUACUAUUAAAAUCAUUUCAAUCCUACAGCUAGAUUCGUUAAAAUUGAUUUUUUUUCAGGUAUUUCAACUAAAUUAGUCUACUGUAAAGUUCACGCAUUGUCGCUUAGUCACGUUUGCCUUUCAAGCGUCAAUAUGUAUAUGGAUGAGUAUAUUAUUCUUUAUUAAACCGCCACUUUUCUUCUUUUCCAAUGUCAGCGAUAAAUAUAAGAAGGCAAUCCUGAAGUGUUAUUGCGCGGCCACUGUUUAUAUUGACUGAGAAACAUUAAGCGCGCGCGCUUAUGUGCGUAUUCAACUUAGAAUUACUUAAAUAUUGUUUAAAUUUUGUUUAUUGUGGUACAACUAACUUAAUAUAAUAUUGGUUACAUCAGACAUGAACAGAGACGCGAAUCCGGAAUAAAAUACAGUAACUUUGAAAGUCAACUUAUAACAUGCCACAGAGCGAGAUGCACAGAUGAAACAACUAUAUAAUGUUAUUUAAUAGUUUAUAUUUAUUCAAUUAUUAUAAUACGAGGUAGAAUUAAGUGUAAGUUAGCGCUGGCUGAAACAUUAAUAUUACCAGUGAAACUGCCAUUACAAAUAAAUAAUGUGAUUCAGCGCAAGCAGCCACGAUGCGUAGUUUAAAUAGGUCGCAAGUCGUUGGCGAGCUGCGACUUGAGUCUGACGACAAUACAACAACAGCAAACGUCUCUGUGACUGUACAAGUGUACAACAUUACGCAGUUUAUGUAAAUUGUCGUUAAAUGAUAUCUGAUUCCUGUAUAAAACAAACAAGUAACAGUAUUCUAACACCACGUGCGGCUGCAACGUGGCGGCGACGUGCGGCGGUGCCAUGUACUAGUUAGUAGUAUGUAAUGUACGACACAUUAGUAUUGUUUUCGUGAACACUAAUAAAACGUAUUAACACUAA